AUGUAUGAUUUAAUAAAGAAAGAGAAUCGCACUUUGGUGAGUGAGUUCACUUUCCAGGGUUUCUCCAGCUUCCACGAGUACCAGCUCCCUCUCUUUAUCAUGUUCUCUACACUAUACAUCUUAACCCUGGCAGGCAAUACCAUCAUUGUGACCAUCAUUAGCUUUGAUCGCCACCUCCACACGCCCAUGUACUUCUUCCUCAGCAUGCUGUCAGCUUCAGAGACCGUGUACACACUCGUCAUUAUACCCAAGAUGCUCGAUAACCUCAUAGGCCCGAGUCGGCCCAUUUCUCUGGCAGGCUGUGCCACUCAGAUGUUCUUCUUCAUCACUUUGGCCAUCAACAACUGUUUCCUGCUCACAGCCAUGGGGUAUGACCGCUAUGUGGCCAUCUGCCACCCCUUGAGGUACUCUGUCAUCAUGAACAAGAGGGUGUGCAUCCAGCUGGUGGGGGGCGCCUGCAGCAUUGGGCUGACUGUGGCCAUGACACAGGUUUCAGCCGUAUUCAGGCUGCCCUUCUGUGCCACAAAGGUGGCCCACUUCUUCUGUGACAUCCGGCCUGUGAUGAAGCUCUCCUGCAUUGACACCACUGUCAAUGAGAUCCUGACUCUGAUCAUCAGUGUCUUGGUGAUCCUGGUUCCCAUGGGACUGGUUUUCACUUCCUAUAUCCUCAUCAUCUCCACCAUCUUAAAAAUUGCCUCAGCCGAGGGCCGGAAGAAGGCCUUUGCCACCUGCGCCUCUCACCUCACUGUGGUCAUCGUCCACUAUGGUUGUGCCUCCAUUGCCUAUCUCAAGCCCAAGUCAGAGAACACCAAGGAUCAGGACCAGCUGAUCUCAGUGGCCUACACCAUCAUCACCCCACUACUGAACCCUGUGGUGUAUUCCCUGAGGAACAAAGAGGUCAAGGAUGCUCUGCUCCGGGCCAUUGGCAAGAAGCUUUCCUGA